GUGUUAAAGAACAAGUUCAGUUUAUGCGCUGUUAUUGCAACUCUUGCUGCAUCAUUUUCCAAGAGAAGUGCAUUUUAUGCCAUAUCUGGUCUCGUGGACAAAGUCGGUGAUAUCAAGGUAAGGUUAUAAUAUUGCUGAAAAGUUAUGCCACGAUUUUAAAAUUGGCUUACUGUCGUUGCAAUGGAUGCAUGGAAGUGUUGAUAAAAUAUCGCAUCAAUUCAUUACUCAGAGCUGAUCAAUUCAUUCGUUGAAAAAUUGAUCAACUUCCUGUGUGUUUGAAUCAACCAAUGCAUGGCUUUGCGUUUCAGUGACUGAUUGACCAAUUGGGAACAAGCAUGCCAGUAAACAGGAAGUUGAGCAAUUUUUGACCAAAUGAAUUGAUCAAUGUUAGGUAAUGAAUUGUUGCAAUAUUUUAUCAACACUUCUAUAUUGCAACGACAGUAAUGUUGUGCCAGGUCCGAUAGAGCUUGUAUAUAAUAAUAAUAUUAAUUACGACUUUUUUCAAGAGGGUAACAGUUUACACUGAUGAACUCUGCAACCUACAUGUAUACACUGUAUAAUAUCCUGCAUUUCAUGUACAUGCAGUCUAUAUGUUAUUAAAAGAGGCAAUUUUUCUCUAUGCCGCGUAUAUAUUUGCGAUGAAAAGCAAUAAAAACCUAAAAGCGUUUUGGCUUAGUUUUUAAAAUUUAUUUUUUUUAGCUUUUAUUUUUCUAGUUUAUAAAGUCAGCUACGUUUUUAAUGCAUUUCUCGUUGAGUAACAUAAAAUAAUAGCAAAAAAUUGUCAAUUGCAUGUAAAGCAUUGUUAUGAAUGAUGCUUUAAAAUUGCAUGAUGCCACAUUUACAACAAUAUAAAUAAAACCUACUGAAUUUGGCGUAGCAAUGAAAUAAACCAUAACCAAGUCAUAACCAAGUAGUGCAGUCACAACCAAGUGCUACAUUAUAAACUCUUUAGUUUUGAGCGCGUGUUACGUAACAGACAAAAAGUGAACAUUAUAUACAUUUGCAUGUCGUAUACGACGUCAUAUUUUUGUUUCAAUAAUCUCAAUGACUCCAUGUUCUUCCCAUGCACUCGAAUGAAUUUUACCAACACCCACAGCAGGGAUAGAUUCAACCAUGGUUCAGGGUUUGACCGUUGACCAAGGGAGCUAUACGGCAGCAUGGUAUAUACUAGUCUGUAGUGUUGCUGACAAUUAAACAGUAGUGCUACCAUCUCAAUUUGUUUUUGUAAUUGCCUUUCCAAACCCAAAAAGGGUUUGAUAAGGAAAUUGGUACCCCCAUGCAGCUUGCACCCCCUUUUUCUAAGGUUAAGAGGGGUGAGCACUCCCCUGCCCCUCCCAGUGAAUCCAUCCCUGAACCGCUACCUUGUUAUAUAGAGCCUAUUCUAUUUCCUCGAUCUCUUUAACUAUGUGUUAAUAUUAAAUUGUAGUUGAAAGAACAGUGUAAAGAAACUCUGAUGGUCUUUGCUGAAAACCUUACAUUGAACUAUGUUAGUUUGAAGGUGGGUAUUCCAUUUUUAUUCUUGCACAAUUGUAAAAAAUAUCGUAUAAAUUGUUACGCUGGAAUUUUAUUUCAAAAUCCUUACUAUGGAAAUAGUAUAUGGAUCUUAGACUUAGUUGAAUUGCAAUUUCCAUAUAAACUGUGGAUGUAGUAUGGAAAUAGUAUGGAUAUACUAUGGAUUUAGUUAUGCAAUCGCAGAACAAAAUCCAUCACCACAGCUAGAAAGAGCAUGUGAAAACGAGCAAUGCACCACAUUUGGGCCGAAUGUGGUGCAUUUUCCCGUGCAAAAUACAAAUUAAUACAAAAUUUUCAAAUUUCGUAGGGCUAUAUUUUCCUCAUUUUACAACAUUUCGCAACCAAACAUUGCAAUAUUACUAAUUUUAACAUGCUCUUUCUAGCGUAAUGGAUUUUUGAAGUUUAUUUUCUUUGAUAAGUCUUCAUAUUUAGUACUGUAGGGAAUAAAUCACCGAUCUAAAGCCUAUCACUGGAUUACCCUUGCAUGGUUAGCUGUUCUUAAUGCUUUCUAAACACCAUCAUGUAUUUAAGUUAAAACACAGUUGGAACACUCGUGAAACUUAUAUUUUGUUAAUCUAGAGCUUCGACUGUCCCCAGUAAUAAUGCGGAACUAUAUAUCAACUCUCAAUCCCUGGGCAUUUUUGCAGGGAUUUUGGAAUCGCAAAUAUCCUCACGUACGCUGUUGUCAGAGUAAUACACGCCUAAAAAAACCGGUUUCACUUAAUUGUAAGCAAUUCUGCACGUGUGACGCAACGUAAGGUAAUUUGCAUAUUAAAGAAUUUAAAAUAAGUCGAAAACGAGGUUAAGAAAUAAAAAUCUGAGUAAAUUAAAAUAUUUUGCGUAAGGUGCGCUGUAAUACAUACGCUUUAUAUUUUAUACUAAAAGGCAUAUAUUUAAUAGUUUGGGAGUAUUAUCAUUCUGUUUUUAUUCCUCUUAAUGAAUAACUUGCUAUUUUCUCGUUCAGAAAACUCCGGUAAUUUUCGAGCCGCCAUCUUGUUUUUUUUUCUAUUGGCAGGAUAUGAGCUAAUAUCCUACUAGUAGAGGGCCAAUGAAAUUGCAGAAUAAAUUAUACCCGGUAUUUGUCUAUAUAAUAAACAUAAGUUAUAUAUCCUAUAUGAUCGAACAAUGAGAACUUAUAAAUUUGGAUUUUUCCUUAGGUGUCCGGAUGUGCCGGCGAGCAAAAGAAUCCUAAAGUUUUGGCAGAAAGUCUUAACUGGUUGGGGGAUGCAAUUAAAGCAUUUGGUAUGAA